CCGCGGCGUUCUUCGACGGCGACGCCGACGCCUGCGUCGAUAGGCUGAAACAUUCACGGCCGAAGCGAUCGACUCGGCGCCAAGCUAAACCCCGGCGCAUGCAUCAGUACGCCGUGUACCGUGCCGAGUGAUCUCGCCUGAGCCGCUGCCGCCGCCACCCACCAUUCUACGGUCCUCUGAACGGCCGAAACGGAUCGCAAGACUAUCGCAACAUACAAAAAUCAGGUUCGGGGCUGGUAGCAGUAGGAGGUGAUCUCCGUUUGGAUAUACAAUGGAGAAUUUGAUUGGAGGAAAUCACUGCUUGAAUGUUAUUAACGAAGAUGGAUUUAAUAUGAUUAACGGAAGAUAAUUGAAAGUGGAGAGUUUACCCGACAAUAAUACACAUACAGUGUAUGAGAGAGCGAGUGUGUGAGAGAGCGAGAGUUUUGAAUUGUUGGGACCUGUAGGUGGUCAUGUUUCAUACGAGAGACAUAUCUACUAUGAUCAUCCUAAAUGACUCCAACGAUGACAACAGUCUGGUCUUCUCCUUGGAAUCGCUUACCCAAGCCGGGAUUAUACUCAUCAUGAGUCUUGCGAUCGUCGUCACCAAUGUACUCAUCAUAGCUACGUUCGUGAAUUUCAGAGGUCCAUCCGAGGUAAUCAAUUGCUAUUUGCUGUCUUUGUCAGUAGCGGACCUGCUGUGCGGCUUGUUUAUAGUUCCUUUGUCUGUGUAUCCAGCGUUAGUGCAAAAUUGGGUAUACGGCGAUAUUCUCUGUAGAGUAGUUGGAUACUUAGAGGUGACCUUGUGGGCUGUAACAGUGUACACGUUCAUGUGGAUAAGUGUCGAUCGUUACUUAGCUGCUAGGAAACCUUUAAGAUAUGAAACUAUUCAAACGAAGACGCGAUGUCAGUGCUGGAUGGCUUUCACGUGGAUUUCGGCGGCAAUGAUGUGCUGUCCGCCGUUGCUGGGCUUCCAAAAACCAUUAUUCGACGCAGAAGCUUACAUUUGCAUGCUCGAUUGGGGCAACAUGGCUGCAUAUUCGGCCACCCUAUCUAUAUUGAUCCUAGGCCCCAGUUUGAUUACCAUUAUAUACACCUACACCUACAUUUUUACAAUGAUGAAAAAACUACGCAGCGGCGUCCCCAUCCACGACAAGGAAUAUGCAACGGCCCUCUCCGAGAACCUCUCCAACCCUAGCCACAUUAUGUCUUUCGUCUUGGUAAUUGCUUUUUGGGUUUCGUGGACUCCGUAUAUAGGCGUGAAAAUCUACGAAUACAUAAUGGGCGUCAAACUGACCCAUCCUUUCCUCCACUUUGGCAUCGUCUGGAUCGGAUUCCUCAACUCCUUCUGGAAAUCCAUAAUAAUUGUCACAAUGAGUCCGCAAUUCAGGCUUGCAUUGAGGAUCUUCUGCAUGACAAUCUGCUGUCGCUACAAGGGCCGAAUGCAGGCCGAACUCAUAGGCAUGGAAGCAGAUGACUGACUACCCUUUACCAACGGCGGAUGUCUUCCGUCUUUGCAAUUUCCUAUAACAGGACUCGCCGUCAGAGACUACGAGUACAUCGUGGCCAAAAUAAAAUACUGGUAUCAAGAUACAAGGACACCUUCCAACCAAAGCCAGUGAACGCAAAAAAUGACAAUGCGCAAGCACUAGUGAUAAUAUUUUUUUGAUUUUAUCCGUCGCCAAAGCAAAGUUUAAGUCAUCGUGCUUAGAUUUUAGACUUGUACAGAUUCAUUCGUAAGUUAACUAAAGAUUAAACAGUCAAUUACAUUUUUAGAAUAGUGAACAAAAGAAACAAAAGUUUUUCUUUAAAAUUAGAAGUCGCAA